UCUCCACUUUGAAACGAGAAAAGUUUUGGCAAUGGCAAGACUUGUAUCGAUCCUCAGAAAGGCGCUCUCAUCGAGCAAGCUACCAAGGAGCUACAGCAGCAAUGGCUCCUCGAGCGGAUUCUCCAGCGACAGUAGCAGUGACUGCGAAGGCAGCCUCAACUUUGCUCCUCCAAAUGUCCCGCAGGGAAGCUUUGCAGUGUAUGCCGGCGAGGAGAGGCGCCGGUUCUUGGUUAGAAUGGAGCACCUCAAUCACCCCCUCUUCAGAGCGCUCCUGGAGAAAGCUGCCGAGGAGUACGGCUUUGAUCAUGCGGGAGCUCUCAGCAUUCCGUGCGAGGCUGUUCUGUUCGAGCACGUACUUUGGCUGCUCAACAACAAUGACGCUCAAGCCAGGCAGCUGGAGCUCGACGAGCUUCUCCAAUUCUACUCGUCUUGAUCAUCAUCGAUCGAAAGGGAGAAAAAUCAGAAAAGUGGAAGAGUUUAGAAGGGCGAGCUUGUCGGUCGAUCUGAUUCAAAGCUUGUUUGGAUCGAUCGAUUCUCGCGGAGGAGUUCUUCUCCUUUUUUUUCGAUUAAAAUUUAGUUAGCUAGUUCAUCUUCUUCGUCUCCUUCUAGACAGUGACAAGUUCUUCGUCUAGAUCCUGCUGACGUACAAAGUUUGGCCUCCGGGUAAAUUCCGG